UGUCCUCGAAGGCCGGGUAACCAGCUGUGAGUGACGAGGCGACGGAGGUGGGUCUCGAGCGCCCCUCCAGGCCUCGAGUACCCCAGGCCGCUGGCGCUUGCCGUUGCCCGCCCCUGCCGGCCCCUCCCAGGAGUGUGUAGAGCGCGUGUGCAGAGGCGUACGGAGCCAGCGCGGCGAGGACCAUGUUGCUUCCGAACAUCCUGCUCACCGGUACACCAGGGGUUGGAAAAACUACAUUAGGCAAAGAACUUGCAUCAAGAUCAGGACUGAAAUACGUUAAUGUGGGUGAUUUAGCUCGAGAAGUUUGAUCACCGGAUAUCAUGGAGUCUGGCAAGAUGGCUUCUCCCAAGAGCAUGCCGAAAGAUGCACAGAUGAUGGCACAAAUCCUGAAGGAUAUGGGGAUUACAGAAUAUGAACCAAGAGUUAUAAAUCAGAUGUUGGAGUUUGCCUUCCGAUAUGUAACCACAAUUCUAGAUGAUGCAAAAAUUUAUUCAAGUCAUGCUAAGAAAGCUACUGUUGACGCAGAUGAUGUGCGAUUGGCAAUCCAGUGUCGUGCUGACCAGUCUUUCACCUCUCCUCCACCAAGAGAUUUUUUAUUAGAUAUUGCAAGGCAAAGAAAUCAAACCCCUUUGCCAUUGAUCAAGCCAUACUCAGGUCCUAGAUUGCCACCUGACAGGUAUUGCUUGACUGCUCCAAAUUAUAGACUUAAGUCUUUACAAAAAAAGGCAUCUACUUCUGCAGGAAGAAUAACGGUUCCACGGUUAAGUGUUGGUUCAGUUACUAGCAGACCAAGUACUCCCACGCUUGGCACACCAACCCCACAAGCCAUGUCCGUUUCAACUAAAGUAGGGACUCCAGUGUCCCUCACAGGGCAAAGGUUCACAGUACAGAUGCCCACUUCACAGUCCCCAGCUGUAAAAGCAUCAAUUCCUGCAACAUCAGCUGUUCAGAAUGUUCUAAUUAAUCCAUCAUUGAUUGGGUCCAAAAAUAUUCUUAUUACCACUAACAUGGUCUCAUCACAAAAUACUGCCAGUGAAGCAUCAAAUGCAUUGAAAAGGAAACAUGAUGACGAUGAUGAUGACGAUGACGACGACGAUGACUAUGAUAACUUGUAAUCUAGCCUUGAUGCAUGUAACUUGUAUACUUGGUUUUGAAUCUGUUGUACUGAGAUUAAACAUGCAUGCUAGAUGUUUCCAUGUUGUGUUCUAGAAAGAAUAGUAUCUAAUGAGUAAAUAUGCUUACCAUACUUUUCGAUUGAACUGUUGUUUUAGAUUUUCUUUAAUAGCAUUAGUAAUGGUUUCUCGUCACCCUUUAACUGUAAAAAUAAAGUUGCAAUUCGU